AUGCUCACAUACCCAGACAGGGAAAGAUUCGAGCAACUGCGGGCUCGUUGGGAAACUCCCGGCAGUCCAUCAUCGUCCAUGGCAGGUCGAAAGAACAAGCAGAGCGUUCAACAGCAGAGCAUCGUUGAUCCGAGUGAGAAUAAUGUCGGAGCACGAUUUCGUCGCAAGCUGAGCUAUGGAUUAUACUUCAUCUCAAACCCUUUGUCGCAGCAGCGCAAGACUUCCCACGGUCAGCAACCGGCAAACGUAGAGUCACUGGCUUCGCAACCUCUAUUAAGAGACUCACCAGAGAGGGAAAAAGCUGUAGAAGAACCUGCCGCACUGGUCCCUACGGUUGAAAAUACUUCACUGUUGACGGAUGCAACCACAAGCGAACGUGAAUGCCACGACUCCCAAGUGAAGUCCUCCAGCCACCUCGUCAGUAACCUCAACCUCCCCCAUAUAGAGUCGCAGGGAACGCCUCGUCCAAGUAUACGUUCAGAUACCCUCAGUUAUAUCCCUCGGCCCAGUAGAAACGGCACCGAGUCCUCUGUGAACAACAUGGACGGGCCAGAUUCUUCACCAGUGCCCCCUCAGACGGCGAGGCGGUUCGUUCGCAAUACGCCCACAAGAAUCCCGACUCCUAGUCCACCCAAAAGCAACGGUAGCCCCCGUCAAUAUCUACGCGAUGUCACCUCCAAGCAUACGAAAGACAUACAGGCAGGGAUUGCAUUUGCGCAGCCAAGAACACUUGCGCCAUCCAACGCCUCCUCCAGAUCACAUACAACGCCCAACCUAUUGAAAUCAACACCACAGAAGUCAUUCAUGACUUUGCGUAAAACGCCGAGAGUUGGUACGAAUAGGAAUUCUGAUGCAUCGAAAGUACCGUAUACGCCACAGAAGCCGGGCUUUCGCAAUACUAGCCGAUGGACACCACAAAAGAAAGAAAAUAUCCAAAGGCAUGGAAGCUUGCAUCCGCUAGGCAGGAUACAAUCAAUACAAUCCCAUGAACAAGGAACAAAUAGGAGUGAGAAUGGAGAAGGAGAGUCCUCCAGAGCUGUCCUGGAUUCGCACUGCAUGCACGAUCGUCGUCUGAAGGUCAAUAAUGGCGUCAAAUCAGCAAAACGUAACACGAAGCACAACAAUCAGCAUGCAGACAUUGAGACAAUGACUUCCAACGUCCUAAUUACUCAGACUCGUCUCAUGGGGCCUGUCAGUCCACAAGCAACAGGACAAAGUAGUCUUUCAAGUGGUAGUGUCGGAUUGCCCAGAUCAUGCACAGACAUUGAGCUAGGUAAAGACACACUGGACAGCACGCCAACUAAGAGUCAUGGACCACGACGUGCAUUAAGGUCCAGAGACUCUAGCUAUAAGGUGAGGCUGCCUCGUUCAUCCACAUUCCAUACCAUACGUACGGCAUGUGAGGAUGUUCCACCAGUUCCACGCAUCCCCGAACGAUUCAUGGGUCUCUCUCAACCUGAUUUGACGACAUUCCGGGGUCGGCGAUCUCCAAGCUUUUCCAGAAGGCAUCUAACAUUGGAUACUGUACAGGAAGCGAGUCCACCACCAUCGUCCUCUUCUGUGCCGGAGCUUUCAAGAUCUGCACAAUCUUCGCCCUUCCAGACCGAUCCGGACAGCGGUGACAUUAGUUUUGACGACCGCCAGAACGGCCGAAAUGUUCUCGGGUCCUCCAACAAGCCCUUAUCUCAAUUUGAAUUUUCCUUCUCAAAUUCCGUUUCUGCAGGCAAUGACGCUAACUCGCAUCUCGAGACGCAGAUUCAAGAUUCGAUGCCACCAGCGUGGUGGGCGGGACGUUUCCAGACACGAUUUGAUCAAUGGCGCACCGAAGCAAUGAAGGCAGAGCUCAAUCCUCUGGCUAAAUCAGAUGGAGCACUGGGUUUGAAGCUGGAUGACGAGGCCACUGCAGCCUGUCUUAUAUUUGUUCAAUUGCGAGAACUUUGCGCUACUAGGCAAGCUGCUUGUAGCUUAUGGGCAUUUGAGUCCAGAUAUCGCCGAGAACAUCAUGUUCUAGGUGCGAUGACGCAACUCCCGCCAUUAUCUAUGCCUACACAGAAUGACAACAAGACUACAAAAGAAGGAGGCUUCACGCGGGCCGUCCGAAAGCUAACACCGCGAAAGAACAGCUUUGUGAAUCUACUAAAGGGAAAGGGGUGGAAUCGCACCGAAGAACAGUCAUACCUGUUCGCGCGCGAUGAGUCGAACAGAGCAAAUGGAGACAAUUUUCCAUGA